AUUUAGACUAUCAACCUCCCGAAAUGUGCGACUCAGAAAUGGCUGGUGCUGCGACUGAAUUGACUUUCAUUCAAAGUAAACACGACCAUUGCGCCGAUGGUGGAACGCAACAUCAGUCUCCUCAGCCUUGAUGGCGGGGCUGUCCGCAGUCUCUCUUCGCUCUACAUUCUCAAGCAUAUUCUGGAAUCCAUCGACGGAGAGAACACACCCAGACCAUGCGACUAUUUUAAUCUCAUUGGAGGUUCGGGCUCGGGCGGCCUGAUCGCGAUUAUGCUAGGCCGCCUCAAGAUGGACAUUGAUCAGUGUAUCAACGCCUACCGACGACUCGUGAAGUUCGUCUUCGCUCGCAAAAGACAUAUGCCUCUCACGACCAAUCUGUGCCGCCAAUCGAAAUAUGAUGGAGGAAGAGUGGAAUCGGCAAUGAAGGCGAUCCUCCACGAGCUUGGGUAUGAGGAUGAUGUGCUCCUCAGGGACAUUGAUACUUCGUGCAGGGUCUUUGCUUGCGUUACAGAUGACGGACCCAAAAGAAACUCUGCCCCUUUGACGAGCUACCCAAGCAAAUAUUGUUCCAACGAGUUGUUCAAGACCGCAAAAGUUUGGCAAGCAGGCAAGGCCUGUAUGUCCACGCCACAACUAUUCGAUCCCGUUCCGAUCGGCCCUAGCGGACGUCAGUUCUACAGCAGCAUCACCGAAGCAAAUAACCCGGUGCGGGAGGUUUGGAUAGAAGCCAGAGGAAUCUGGCCCUCAGGCUCACUGGACAGUCAGAUCCAAUGUCUGGUCUCGAUCGGCACUGGCGUCCCGUCGAUCAAAAGACUCAAUAAGACAAUGUUUGGCUUGAUCAAAACGACUCGCAAGGACUACGUCGACACUGAGAGGGAUAUGAAUAAGUUUAUCAGGGAACAUACCGAGCUGGAUGAUGCGAGCCGUAUGUUUCGCUUCGAUGUGCCUAACGGACUGGCGGAUAUUGGCCUCGAUGCGGUCGAUGAGCUCGAUACUAUCAUUGAUGCGACCGAGGACUAUCUCGCUAAGGAGCUCGUGUACAAGCAGAUCCAGAGGUGUGGGAUCGCUCUGGGUGGAUUUCACUAGGUUGACUGCAUGGCUCUCAAUCGUACCACUCUUCUCGCAUCUACUCAAGCCCUGUGGUAUUCCGAAUAUAUUGCUAUAGACAAACAUGAUGAUUCCUAGGGACUAGAACUAAUUGCACAUUGGAAGUUAUGGAGCAUGACAUUUGCUCUUCUGUUUCUGAUCGACUCGCAUGCUAGAUCAGCUUUCUUACUUUAUUGUUCCCUGAGGUACUCGAAGCAAUCUAAUGAUUCCUUGUUACCUAGGCUCUUCCUUUAGCACCCAAAGCUUUCUAUUAGUGUCCCAUCGGAGAAACGACCCCUGCAACGCGCAAUCAGCAAUAAUAUUGUUGCACU